CUGAGGAACGCAAACACUUCCCACAGGACGUCCGUGAGGAUACAUGCCUCAGCUGAGCGCGGGAUAUGUGUGGAGCUGCUGGGAGUGGAGCAGGACUCAGGGCCGAGGAGGAGAGCAUGGAGCAGUGGAGGAGAAACAGAUGAUCAGCCGAGAGCUGGAGGAGAGAGGUGGGCGAGAGUGGACAUGGAUGAGACUGCAUUGGAGAAACUGGCCGAGAUGGAGUCCGUGUCUGGCUCUGAUGUGCUUGGUUCUUCUGGCGGAGUCUCCUCUGCACCCCUCUGUCAGUCUGACUGAAGCCGUGGGUCGACUGCUCCUCGCUGGGCUGGUGUGUGCUGCUAUGGGCCUCUAUGCUCUAGCUUUCCAGUUCCCGCUCCGUUAUGAACAGAAAGUAAAGCAGCAUCUCCCAUGCAAUGGUGAAGUGAUAGUGAGACAAACUGCUGAAAACCAGCAAGCCAGCAUAAGUCCACAGCAGGACGCAGGUCAUCUUGAAUCCCAGGUCAGUGCUCUAGCGGAGGGUUUAGCGGUGUCCCUCCUGCAAGAGCCCCUGCCGGACCCCAGCGAGCCACACAUACGAGGCCUCCUCACCAGACUAGAGGCAGUGUCUCGGACUCUCCACAGGAAGAGUUAUGAGGAAGAAACCGAGGAAAAGGAGAAAUGUGCUAUUCAAGAUAUACGCUCUUACCUGAGGGACAGGGUGAGCGGUCUGCGCUCUCUGCUGCAGGUUCAGCGUGAGUGUGACGCGAGUGUGUGUGCGGUUCAGAGCGGGUUACAGAAGCGCUGGGCUCUGCUGGAGGAGUUACACACACGAGUGACUCUGAGGCCUGACAGCACCCAGGAAGCACACGACCCUCACACCGUCCUCACAGACACUGAGAGCCUGUUCAGUGAGCUCGGUCAGUUCAAAAGCAAAGUCCAACAGUGCCGGACACAGCUGGAAACCAAUAUAAACCUUUUACAGGGACUUCGCAGCAGUCAUCAGCAUCUCAACGCGACUUUUGGUGCCACCACUGACUCUGUAUGGACCAAAGAGUUAUUACAGUCCAACACUGAUCUGUUUUCUGAGAUCCAUGAGGAUUUCAUGUCUUUGGAACAGCAGACAUCAAAUUUUGUGAUCCACUUGAGAGGCCUGAAGGCUUCUGAGGAGGAAAAGACAAAGUUAUCUGUGAAUCAGUCACGACUGUCUCUUCCCGCUGUCCCUGUGUACGUUGCUGCUCAGGAAGCAUCGCAAAUACAUUCUGACCCAGAAAGUGACUCGGAGUCCCCAGGAGCCUCACAGAAGACCCACUCCAGAAUGUCGCCCUUCCAUAUGCUCUGUGGGGCGAGGAGGAGGAGGUCAUCGCCGUAGUUUUGACAAAAGCUGGAUGUUUUAACAGGACAUUUUAUUAAUGCCCGCCUGUUGAGCAGGUGUAACGGCAGUUUAUGCACUUUAUUCAGAGUUAUAAUAACUGGAACCGCUAUAUAGUGUCUAUACUGUGACUUGUGAUUUUCUACAUGUGAAAUGUGUAAAUAAGAUCUCAUGCAUAAUGAAUACAACAAUAAUAAUAAUAUAUUACAUUAAAUAUAGUAUUGAUGGUUUUUAUUGACAUUAAUAUUAGUAAUAUAUAAUAGAAUAAUAGAAAAGUUUGAUGUCAGAAGAUUUAUUUGAAAAUACUGUUAAAACAGUAAUAUUGUAAAAUAUUACUUUUUAGAAGUAUAUUUUUUUCAGUCACAUGAUCCUUCAGAAAUCAUUCUAACCUGCUGAUAUUGUGUUAUAAAAACACUAUCUUUUUAUUAUAUCAUCAAAAAUAAUAAUACUAGUAACUCUAGUUAAUAGUCAAUCACCUCAUAUGAUGAAAUCCUUGUAUUGUGACUGUGCUGUGACUUGUGAUGUUCUGCUUGUAAACUGUGUAAAUAAGAUCUUUUCUGAAUCUUAAUCAUCUUAAGCGCACAUCAAACGGACAAUUAACUGAAACAAACAGUAAAUACGGUAGUAGCCAUGGAGAGGUUUUUGUCUCUAUGGUCAUGCCAUGUUUGAGCACAAGAGGGCACAAUCCAAUCAAAAAUAAACAGCCAACUCCUUCACCAGA